CGCCGUCCCUGCCGCGCCUCCGCAUCGCCGAGCACGCGCAUCAUCGCCUCGCCGCGCUUCCUUCUCUGCGCCCACCCUCCUCCCGAGCCACUCCCUCGCGGCACGCUGUCUGCCCUGCGCACGCCCUCUCGCUCCGCCCACCUGCGCGUCCCUCUCGCGCCGGCCGCCUCGCCGCUGCGGCUGCGCACGUUCCGGCACCCAGCCCCGGCGCUGGCCUCGCAUCUGCGCCCUGCGCUGUCCGCCGCCCGCGCCGCCUGCCCAGCAUGGCGACGCUCAACGUCAAGGACGCGCUGUCCUACCUUGACCAGGUCAAGGUGCAGUUCGCCGAGCACCCCGACGUGUACAACCGCUUCCUCGACAUCAUGAAGGAUUUCAAGUCGCAGUCCAUCGACACGCCCGGCGUCAUUGAGCGCGUCUCGACGCUCUUCCGCGGGCACCCGUCGCUCAUCCAGGGCUUCAACACGUUCCUGCCGCCGGGCUACCGCAUCGAGUGCAGCCUCGAUCCGGACCGCGCCAACAUGAUCACCGUCACCACGCCCACCGGCACCACGACGCAGACGUCGGGCGGCAUUGCCGGCGCCAUCUCGCGCAUGCACCGCGACGCCGGCGCCGCACAUGCCGCCGACGCGCCGCCGCACGGCGCCGCGUAUGCAGCCGCACCCGGCGCCGCGCCCGGCCAGGCGCUGCCCUCGCUGCCCGCCGGCUCGCUCUCGGGCCUGGCGACGCCGGCGCGCCCCUCGCACGCCGGUGCCGGGCCCGCCACGCCCGGCGCCACGGCCGGCGCCGGCGUGCUCUCGGCGCCGUUCCCCAGCAGCGCCGCACAGAACGCCGCCGACCGGCGCCCGCCCGUCGAGUUCAACCACGCCAUCAGCUACGUGAACCGCAUCAAGCAGCGCUUCUCGGGCGACCCGGACACGUACAAGCAGUUCCUCGAGAUUCUGCAGACGUACCAGAAGGAGCAGCGGCCGAUCGGCGAUGUGUAUGCGCAGGUGACGGUGCUGUUCAACAACGACAAGGACCUGCUCGAUGAGUUCAAGCAGUUCCUGCCCGACACGUCGUCGGGCGCGCCGCCCGCGGCCGGCGGGCUCUUUGGCAUGCUGGGCCAGGUCACCGCGGGCAUGGGUGCGCCAGGCGUGGCAGCGCAGGCAGGUGCGGGCAGCCACCAGGGCCCGCAUGGCCACGGCGCACAGGCCCCGCCCGGCGCCGCGCGGCUCGACGCUGGGCCGCCAGAGGGCGCCAAGAAGGCGCCGGGCGGCGGACGCAGCAAGAAGCGCGCGGCGGGCGCGGCCAGCAGCACGCCGGGCGCCGAGGCGGCCGCUCCUGCGCCUGCAGCCAAGAGCAAGAGCAAAAAGUCGAAGCACUCGCACGCCAAGCUGGAGCGCAGCCCCGCGCGCGACGUCGGCGGGCCCGUCGCGGCGCAGGAGGCGUACGCGCCGCCGAUGCCCAUGCCGCCGCCGAGCGCGCAGCAGGCGCUGAUGUACGGCAGCGACGGCUCGCUGAUUCCGGUGCCGGGCACGGCGCCGGGCGUCGGGCUCGCCAUGGCGCCCGACGGCUCGCUCGUGCCGAUGGGCGUGGGCGUCAACGGCGUCAGCGGCGGCAUGGGCCUUGGCCCGCAGGCGCCGCCGCUCGCCACGACCGACGAGGUGGCCUUCUUCGACCGCGUCAAGAAGCACAUCGACGACCGCGCCACGUACCUCGAGUUCCUCAAGCUGCUCAACCUCUACACGCAGGACGUCAUUGACGUGCGCACGCUCGUCGACCGCGCGUCGCUGUUCAUCGGCGGCAACCGCGAGCUGUUCAAUGCGUUCCAGUGCCUCUGCGGCUACGACAUGGGCAAGCAUGGCUGGCUCGAGGCUGAGGAUCCGAUCAUCGAAAACGUGCCGGCGCUGCAGCGCGAGCGCGUCGACCUCGGCAGCUGCAAGGUGUACGGCGCCAGCUACCGCAAGCUGCCCAAGGCCGAAAUCAACCUCGCGUGCAGCGGGCGCGACCCCAUGUGCUGGGAGGUGCUCAACGACACGUGGGUCUCGCACCCGACGUGGGCCAGCGAGGGCGAGAGCUUCAACCCGCACAAGAAGAACGUGUACGAGGACGCGCUGUACCGCAGCGAGGAGGAGCGGCACGAGUACGACUACCACAUCGAGGCAAACCUGCGCACGAUUGCGCUGCUCGAGCCCAUCGCCGCGCGCAUCACGACGAUGGACGCCGACGAGCGCGCUGCAUUCCGCCUCAAGCCCGGGCUGGGCGGCCAGUCGAAGAGCAUCUACCAGCGCGUCGUCAAGAAGGUCUACGGCCGCGAGUACGGCGUCGAGGUGAUUGCGGCGCUGCACGACAAUCCGUGCGUCGCCGUGCCCGUGGUGCUGGCGCGCCUGAAGCAGAAGGACGAGGAGUGGAAGCGCGCGCAGCGCGAGUGGAACAAGGUGUGGCGCGAGGUCGAUGCGCGCAACUACUACAAGAGCCUCGACCACCAGGGCGUCAACUUCAAGGCCAGCGACAAGAAGGUCAUCACGACAAAGGCCUUCGUGUCCGAGAUCGAGGCAAAGCGCACGCAGCAGCUGCAGGCGCGCCUAGCCGUCGACCCCAACCUGCCGCGCCCGCGCCCGCAGUACCAGCUGGCAUACGCCCUCGACGACACGGGCGUGCUCAUGGACGUGCUGAAGCUGGCGCUCAGCUUCCUCGACCGCGCGCCGUACAGCCGCGCCGACUGCGACCGCAUCGAGGGCUUCCUGCGGACAUUUGUGCCGCUGCUGCUGGCCCUUGACCCGCAGGAGUUCGAGGAGCAGCUCAGCGGCGGCGUCGUGCUGGAGGGCCAGGCGGACGAGGAGGCCGAGAGCCGCGCCGGCGACGACGACGUGCGCAGCGAUGCCGACGCCUCGGACGCCGACUCGGCAUCCGUCGCGUCGACGUCACGGCGCGGCGGCGCGGCCGCUGCGCGCAGACAGGAGGGCGACCUGCGCCGGCGGCUGCUGCGCAACCAGGCCGAGGCGGCGCAGGGCGAAGCGGCGCCGGAGGCUGCUGCUACGACGGCAGCUCGCGCGUCCAGUCCUGCGCUCGCUGCCGAGGUCAAGGCCGCGACGGAGGCCAUGGACGCGGCCACGGCGCCCGUCGUCGCUGGCGGCUCGGGCGCGCCCGACGUGGAGAUGCUCGACGGCGAGGCCAAGGCGGCUGCCGCGCAGGCGCUCAGCGAGGCCGACGGCAGCGCGGCGCCUGCGACCAAGGAAGCGCCGGCCGACGAGGAGAUGCAAGAGGCGCCCGUCGAGGCCGACUCGGCGGUCAACCCGGCCGAGCCCAAGACGUGGCUGAACGCCGCCGGCGUCAAGGCGUUCGACUCGGCCACCCGGCAGAACGUCGCCACGCCGCCGGCGGCCGAGAGCGCGGCGCCUUCGCCCGGCGGCAGUGCGCAGCCGGCCGCGGCGAGCAUCAAGUGCAACUUCUUCUGCUCCACAUCGCACUAUGUGUUCGUGCGCCUGCUGCAGCUGCUCUACGCGCGGCUGUUCAAGAUGAAGCAGCUCGGCGCCGAGAUGGCCGCGCAGCAGCCGCCCAAGCGGCGCAUCAACCCCGUGGCGCUCGAGCUUGGCCUGCAGGACGGCUCGACGGGCCCGGCAGCCGUCGUCGGUGCGGCCGCGGCCGCGAGCCAGGCUGCCAGCACCAGCCACAGCAGCGGCACGUCGUCGGCCAACGGCGUGCAGCCAAACGGCACGUCCAACGGGCUCGGCGAGGUGAGCGGCCUGACGCUGUCGCCGAGCCGCUACUACGACACGCUGCUCGAGCUCGCCGAGAAGCUCUUUGACGGCGAGCUGGACCGCAACACGUUCGAGGAGAGCGUGCGCUACAUGUACGGCAUUGAGGGCUACCUGCUCUUCACGCUCGACAAGGUCAUCGGCGCGCUCGUCAAGACGGCGCAGCUGAUCGCCACGGACAGCAAGUGCCAGGAGCUGCAGUCGAUUCUGGAGAAGGACCGCGCUAGCGGCUCGUCGGCCGACUACAAGGCGCAGAUUGCGCGGCGCGUCGCCGCCGAGGCGGUGCUGGGGCGCGAGGAGAACCUGUUCCGCGUCGAGUGGCAGGCCGGCAGCCGGCAGCUGCUGCUGCAGAUGCUCUCCAAGGACGAGCCGACGCUGGGCGAUCCGCGUACGAAAGAGCAGCGCUGGGCACAAUACACGGCCAGCUACGUGCUGCACACGCCCACCGAGGGCCUGCCAGCGCCCGUUGCGCCGCCCUUCCUACAGCGCAGUGCGCCCGCCGAGGCAGACGAGGCCGAGGUCGAGGUGCCGCGCGGCGGCGCGCUCAUUGCGCGCAACGAGCUGGACCUGAAGAUGUGCAUGAACACCUACCGCCUCUUCUACGGCGCCGGCACGACGGACACGUUUGUGCGGCAGCUGCCUGCCGCGACGCUCGAGGCGCGCGAGCGGCGGGCCGAGCCGCAGCGCGAGGCUCGCCGCCGCAAGCUUGCCGAGUGGCUGCAGGCGCGAGAGGCUCAGCCGGCGCCGGCUGCGGCGCCCGAGGAUGCCGCAGCGCCCGCCGGGGAGGCGGCAGCAGCGCGGCCUACGGCGGCGGCGCCAUGAAGGAGCGUGAUGUUUCUGCCCGCCCGCCCGCUGCUGCUGCUCUCCUCUCAUCCGCGUCACCUGUACCCCCUGCCCGCUCCUUCGGACCAUCUCUCUUGCAAAAUGCGCAUCUAAUUCUCCCGUCGC